GGAUUGAUGGCAGCGAAGUCCUGCGGCGCCAGCCGAACCGAAGGCGCGAGGGAUUAAUCCACCCUGUACAUAUGCUGUCGGUGACCGACCUGGAGAGCAAGCCUGCAAGCACAUAGCCUGGUGUUCUGCCUGUUGAACCACGCAGCCUUCUCUCACUGACAAGCACACCCAGCAAGGAGCAUCGUAUGAAGAUGGGGACCCGCCGCCCACCGCCAUGAGGACGAGCCGCUGCAGUCACCUGCCGGGAGUCCCGCCGGAGCGCCCGACGGCACCCGACGGCAAGACCCUGCCCGGUGGCAGCGGCGGCGGCCCAGCCGGCGGCUGCCCGCAGUAUGUCAUGCAGGUGUCGGCCAAAGAUGGGCAGCUGCUCUCCUCCGUCGUGCGGACACUCGCCACGCAGAGCAGCCCCUUCAAUGACCGGCCGAUGUGCAGGAUCUGCCACGAGGGCAGCAGUCAGGAAGACCUGCUUUCCCCCUGCGAAUGUACGGGGACCCUGGGGACUAUUCACCGCAGCUGCCUGGAGCACUGGCUGUCAUCUUCAAACACCAGCUACUGUGAACUCUGUCACUUCAGGUUUGCAGUAGAACGCAAACCAAGGCCAUUGGUGGAGUGGCUGAGGAACCCAGGCCCCCAGCAUGAGAAACGGACUCUCUUUGGAGACAUGGUGUGCUUCUUGUUUAUCACUCCACUGGCAACCAUCUCUGGCUGGUUGUGUCUACGAGGAGCAGUGGACCAUCUGCACUUUAGUAGCAGGCUAGAAGCUGUUGGCCUCAUUGCACUCACUGUCGCACUCUUCACUAUUUACCUCUUUUGGACCCUAGUAUCCUUUAGGUAUCACUGUAGAUUAUACAACGAAUGGCGUCGGACCAAUCAGCGGGUGAUACUCCUAAUCCCAAAGUCUGCCAACGUCCCUUCCCACCAGCAGUCCCUGUUGGGCCUGCAGUCCCUCAAAAGGAACUCAAAGGAGACAAUCGUUUGAUUUGGGCAGUUCUGCACAGGGGCCAUGCACUGAAAGUAUUUUGCUUAAACUCAUUGGGGUCAGACACCGUCCAGAACCCAGGAGCGUGCUAUUCUGAUUUACAAACUCUUUGUAGAGGAAUAAAUCACUGUUUAAAUUCAAAUCAUGGAUGCUGCAAUCAUAUGAUAUUUGCUAAGCUGCCAAACUUGUUUAUUUAGCAGAUACUCUAUGGAAUUCUACAAACACGUGUUAAUACCUACAUCAAGUGAUGCAAACUUUUUUAUUGUUUAAAAUAUUAAACUAUGAUAAUUAUCAAUGCAAAACA